CCAUGUCAAAUAACAUUCAAGAAGUCAACGCAUCAAUCGGAUCAGAUUACGACCGUCAAACCGAAUUAAAAGCUUUUGAUGAUUCAAAAUCCGGCGUCAAGGGCCUUGUCGAUGCUGGAUUGUUGAAAAUCCCUCGUUUUUUCAUCCAUGAUCCACCCAUAAUCAACGAGCCAAACUCAUCAACAACUCGGACUCCGAUCGAUAUCCCAGUUAUCGAUCUCAAACGAACCAACGUUCGGGCCGAGAUUGUCGAAAAUGUUGCGCACGCUUCUGAGAACUGGGGGUUUUUCCAGAUCAUCAAUCAUGGGAUCCCGAAGACAGUAUUGGAUGAGAUGAUUGAUGGAGUUCGAGGGUUUCAUGAGAUGGAGACGAAGGAGAAGAUCAAGUAUUACUCUCGUGAUUACCAGAAACUGUUUUUUUAUGUCAGCAAUUUUCAUCUUUUUACAGGUGAUGCAGCUAGCUGGAAUGAUUCGUUUCUGUCGGUUUUGGCUCCUAAACCCCCUCAAUCUGAAAAACUCCCCCCGAUUUGCAGUGACAUCUUAACAGAGUACUCUAACCACAUCAUGAAGUUGGGGUUCACUCUGCUCGAAUUGUUCUCCGAGGCUCUUGGUCUGGAACCAGAUCAUCUCGAAGGUAUGGGUUGUGGUCAAGGACUGUUCCUCUUGGGUCAUUACUACCCACCUUGUCCUCAACCAGAAUUGACGUUAGGGACGAAUUCCCAUACCGAUGCUGGUUUCUUUACCAUACUUGUACAAGAUUUAUUGGGUGGCCUUCAAAUUCUCCAUCAAAACGAUUGGGUUGAUGUCUCACCGCUUCCUGGAGCUUUAGUGAUCAACAUCGGGGAUCUUUUACAGCUCAUCACGAACGAUAAAUUCAAAAGUGUCCAUCACCGAGUGUUGGCGCAAAAAGGAAGGCCGAGGAUAUCAGUCGCAUCCUUCUUCCGGCCAUUUCAUGAAGGAAUUGAAUCAAUAAUUUACAGGCCAAUUAAGGAGUUGGUGUCUGAAGAAAACCCUGGUGUCUACAGGGACACUAACCUAAAAGAAUAUGUGACACUUCGAAGCAAGGCUGUAGGAAUGAAUGGAAGUUCUGCUCUUGCUCCUUUUAAAGUUGAAUCCAUGGAGGUUUAGAGGUCUGUUUAUUGCGGAACUCCUCGUUCUGAAACUCUGCUUGCAAAUUAGAUUGAACUUUGUGGUAUUUGGUGAUGUUUAAUGUUAUUUAAUUACGAGUACU